AUGGAAAGGUGGAGGGAGCGAAGAGCGGGGCUGCUGCUGCCGGUCGCCCUGCUGCUGCCCUGGGCACACAGCUCUCUGGCACUCAAAUGUGGCGAGAAGAGAAAUGCCAAGUCGGAGGAGAGCAUCGUGACCGCCAUCGUAGGUGGGCAGCCUGCAAACAUUGCCGAUUUCCCGUGGCAGGUGGGCAUUCUCACCCAAGGGAAUCACCUGUGCGGAGGCGCGAUUCUCAACGAGUGGUGGAUUCUAACGGCAGCCCACUGCUUCCAAAGAAUCAACAUCUCUAACUUGGAGAUCAUACAUGGCAUAGACGACUUAAAUACCAAGGAUCAGAAGAAGGAGAAAGUGGACAAGCUAAUUAUACACCCCCUUUUUAAUGACUGGCUCAUGGACAAUGACAUAGCUUUGGUCUUGCUCAAGGCCCCGUUACCCCUGGGGGUCAAAAGGAUCCCCAUAUGCCUCACCGAAGUCACCAGCCUGGAGAAGUGGAGCAGCUGCUGGGUGGCUGGAUGGGGUACCACGGUACUGGGCAGCUUUGCCUUCCCCAGCGGAGGUCUGGCCGACAGCUGGUGGCGGCUCUGUCCCCUGCGCACGCGUCCUCAGCCGCCGGCCACCUUAGCCAUGUCGUCCUCCACUCCCAAGUUCACCGCGGUGUGGAUGCCUUCCCAGGCCUAG